AUGAGUCAAGCCAAGGCCCAAGAGUUUGAAGGACUUCUACAAGCCGAAGGGGUGAAGCCGCACAUUACCAGAGAGAAUACAGGAGGAAAGGACAAAGACAGUGAGAAAGUAACGGACCUGAAAAUCAUCAUUGUCUCGUGGAUCGACAACUACAACCAAGGCUACAUUGACUAA